GGCUGGCCUCGCUCGUGUGGCUCACCAGCGUGUUAGCCGGCAGCCAAUCAUACUCCCCCGUCGCGCGAACAAAGGAGGAGAAGGAGGCAUGGUGGAAGGAGGCGAUGGAGAAGAUGAGAAACAUCGGGAUCUCGUCUACAUCGACUCGGGGAAGACGACGCUCACCAAGAGGAUACUCUUCUACACUGGCAGAGUCCAUGAGAUCCACAAGGUGAGGGUGAGAGAUGGAGUUGGGGCGAAGAUGGAUUCGAUGGAUUUGGAGAGGGAGAGGGGGAUCACGAUUCAGUCCGCUGCUACUUACUGCACGUGGAAUGGGUAUCAGCAUUUUCCCAAUACUUACAGGUUCUCGCAAUUGAGUUCUGUUCUCGAUCCUGAUAAGCCUCCAAGGUCUGAUAAAGUAAGUAUUUUAGGUGAUGCCGCUCGCCUGCUGAUGUAGUUGAAAACUGAAGCAGAACAGCUAAAGGAAACAAAUGAAAAGCUGGGAGAGACUAUUAAAGAACUGAAGGUAUGAGCUUGAUGUCAUGUAGUUACAAUUGCUUUUUAGGCAUACUAUCUUCUUUCUUGAUAAGCAGUUAUACUUUCUAGGCUUACUAUCAAAUUCUCACAUAGUUACAUAGAUCAAGUUAGUUAUUCUGAGGCAGUAUGUAUCAGUUCAGUUUUUGUUAUUGUGAAUGAAAUUGAAUUGGCCCAACUGC